AACCCGGCGAAUCGAUGUCGCGGGAAUCGCGAGUGUCAUCCAGGCGGAGGCGGCAUGGCGGACCGCAGCGCGGGCGAGUGGUGCCUCAUUGAGAGCGACCCCGGAGUCUUCACCGAACUCAUCCGGGGAUUCGGCUGUAAAGGGGCGCAGGUGGAGGAGAUUUACAGCCUGGAGGAGGAGAGCUUCAGCAAACUCAAGCCGGUGCACGGUUUGAUCUUCCUGUUCAAGUGGACCGCGGGGGAGGAGAUGGAGGGCUCCAUCGUGCGCGACUCGCGCAACGACACACUCUUCUUCGCCAAGCAGGUGAUCAGCAACGCGUGCGCCACGCAGGCGCUGCUGAGCGUGCUGCUGAAUGUGACACACGGCGAUGUCGCACUGGGCCACACGCUCACCUCCUUCCGCGACUUCACCAGCGGCUUCGACUCGGCGAUGAAGGGACUGGCUCUGAGCAACUCGGACACAAUCCGCCAAGUCCACAACAGCUUCGCCAGGCAGCAGAUGUUUGAGUGGGACGGCCGUGCAGCUGGCAAAGACGAGGACGCGUUCCACUUCGUGGCCUUUGUGCCCAAGCAAGGUCGCCUCUACGAGCUGGAUGGCCUUCGCGAUGGGCCCAUCGAUCUGGGCGCCUGUGACCAGGAGGACUGGGUAAAAUCUGUGCGACCCGUCAUCGAGCGCCGAAUUCAGAGGUACACCGAGGGGGAGAUCCGGUUCAGCCUCAUGGCCGUGGUGUCCGAUCGGAGGAUGAUUUACGAGCGCCGAAUAGCGGAACUCCAAGCCGGCCUCACCCAGGGCGAGGCGCGGGAGGGCGGAGGCGCGAGGUCUCUGGCCGAGACAAGCGAGCUCAUGCUGCUCAUCGAGGAGGAGAACCUCAAGAUGCAGCGACACAAGGUGGAAAACGUCCGCCGCAAGCACAACUAUCUUCCCUUCAUCAUGGAGCUGCUCAAGACCCUGGCAGAACAACAGCAGCUGCUGCCUCUCGUGGAGAAGGCCAAGGAGAAGGCAGCCGCCCGCAAGGUGAAGGAGGCCAAAUGACGUCGUCGUCGUUCGUAGUCGUGUGUGUAGAUUUCCUGCCUCUGUGAAUUUGGUGAAAAAAUAAAAAUGAAAACUGA